ACGGACCUUGGGCCCCUCUGUCCGCCGCCCUGCCCCGCCAACAGUACUAAGUCUACUCAGUGCCUUUAUUACUUGCAAGAAUCGCACAAAGAGGAGGUGUGCGGCCCCGACUUGGGCCCCGAGCGCAGGCGUGACGUGCUGCACGGACUCCGGAUGCGCCACUGCUGCGAGCACGCGGUCGACCAGGCCCUGCCCGAAGACGCCUUCAACGGCGGAAAGGCAUGCCGAGACAUGCUCGACACCCUCAUCAAGGCGGACGAUCUCGCCAGCCGCAUCGCCUGCGGACACGCACAGGUCCUCACCAGAUACGACUGCGGACAGACCUAUUCCAUCGCGCACCGCUGCCACCGAUGCAAGCAAGCAUACCGGCGGUGGGUGUGCAGUUAUCUGGUGCCUCAUUUCACACGCGCAGACGAGCGCGUGCGGCCCUGUCUCAGUGUGUGCCAGGACGUGGAGCAGCAGUGCCCAUACCUGUUACCGGGGGACUGGACGAACCAAACCGUUCCGCCGGGGGAGACGGCUCAUCCCACGCCACAGUACGCCGGGGAACCCACCUUCCUCUGUCUCGAUCCCAACAUCCCGGAGACGGGCGAGCAGAGGCUCAAUUCCUCGCGCGGAGACGAAGACUGUUGUUAUACGCACUGCGGCUCGCCGGGAAGGGGCGGCAGUGGUACCGCGGAAGUGCUCAAUGUGUGCGAGCACUGUCCAGGUCGACCUAAGAAGAAGAAGAAGAAGAACAACGCCAACGGCAGCAACGUCACUACCAAGUCGACCACCGCCGCCGCCCGGGGCGCGGCCGCCGCCAGGACUUGUAACAAAGUGUCAUUACUGUGGACCGCAUGGAUUAUUUCUAUAACACUAAUAGAACACAAAGAGACCAUUUAUAACACAUUACAAUGUUUGUUAGUUCUGUGCGCGACCAGUGUGCGGACGACGCUGCUGCUACUGCUGCUGAUGACAAAGUGGACAAAGACCAAGUGCGGAACGUGCUCAUAGAAUUAGGACUGUUAGGCGAUAUGUGUUCGUCCAAAUGCCCAAAGUGGUCUGCUCAUGACAAACUUUCACAUUUGCUAUUUUUAUAUUAAGCACUCCUAUUUUUUUACUAACCACAAUUCUCGUUUUAUCAUUCAAAUCGCUAUUUAGUGCAAAAAAUUACUACUUUUCAGAAAUAUGGAACUGAAAAAAUUAUUUAUCUUUAACCUAAAUUAAUUGUCGUUUUUCUUGGUAUUGUUAGGUUGCGUAAUUCUCAAUGCCAGAUCAAUAAAAUUUUAGCAAAGUAUUGUCUAACAGUGAAUAUUAAAAAAGUCUCAAAUUUCUUAAAAUACUCGCAUUUAUUAAAGAUGAAUAAAGUACAAUUUUUUUUUUUUUUGAAUAUGUGCCAAUGUCAUGGCACAACUAAUAUAAACCUUGUGAGAAACUUUAAAAAAAUAUGCAAAAAAUGGUCUUCUUCUCCAGCCGGAUUAAAAUAUGUCAUUUUUAAGUCUUUUUUUUUAACUAUCAAUGUAAUUCCCAAUUUUAAUCCUAGACUUAAAAAAACAUUUUAUUCGUAUUUUUAAAAAGUAACAUUUUUUAUCCUAAUAAAACAAUCCACUAUUUUUUAACGCAUCUUAUUGUUGGUUGGAGAAAAAAUAUUAUGUUUUAUUCGGCUUAAAAGUGAAUUUUUUGUCUGACAAUUUUUUUACUUUUGCUAGCCAAAGAAACUGACACUUUAAAUUUUAGUAAAUAGUAUACUUGUAUUUGCUUAGUAAAAUAGUGAAGUUUAAUAUUUAGAGCUAUUACAGUAUUACAUCAUACAGUGUGUCCCCGGAUAGGUAAAACGACUCUUGUAAAAGAAAAAAAACUUCGAUUUAAAUUUUCAUUUUUUUGGGUUUAGCUCUGCUUGGUUAAAGAUUAAUUUUAGAUUUCAAAAAUCAAGUUGAAAAAUACGACAAAAAGUUAUUACAUCAAGUUGUUUAGAAGCAACGUCUAGGCCCGUAUACCAAAUUUCAAAAUCAUCGGCCAACUAUGAUUUUUCAGUUUUUU